CACCACCACCAUGCCCUCCUCCUCUUUUUCUUUCUUCUUCCUCCUCCUUUUCUUACUCUCCUCUCCUCCCUUUGUAGCCCCUCACCGCCGCAUCCUCCACGAGCCAUUUUUACCCCACGACUCUCUCCCUCCUCCUCCCCCUCCCCCUUCUCCACCUCCCACCCCCACCCCCAAGUACCCAUUUUCCUCUUCCAAUUCUACCCCUACUGACUCCCCUUUUUUCCCAACUUACCCCGCCCCUCCGCCUCCUCCGCCCUCCCCCGCCACCUUUGCCUCCUUCCCCGCCAACAUCUCCUCCCUCAUUCUCCCCCAGGCCCCUUCCUCCUCCUCCAAAUCCCACAAGCUCAUCGCCCUCGCCGUCUGCGCCAUCCUCUCCUCCCUCCUCGCCGUCUCCGCCACCGUCUUCUUCCUCUGCCGCCGCCGCCGCAUCAACAACCGCAACUUCCCCGACGACGACGACAAAGUCACCUUUAGAUCCGACCAGCACCACAGCAGCCGCCGCCUCUUCCAGGCCGGCAGCAAUGCCCGCUCCAGCAGCGCCACCCACAAGCUCCGGGCCGGCUCCUCCACCAGCUCCGAGUUCCUCUACCUCGGCACCCUAGUCAGCUCCCGCGGAAUCGACGAGCACGUGAGCUCACGCGCCGCUGCCGCUUUGAAGAACAGUAGCCGCAAGGCCGAAUCGCCGGACCUGCAGCCGCUUCCGCCGCUGUCCCGGCAGUGCUCCAAGCUCAGUAACUGCACCAAUGCCGAACCGGCCCGGGCCACCGACGAAGAAGAAGAGGACGAAGAAGAGUUCUACUCGCCGAGAGGAUCUUCCGGCGGCCGUGAAAGCUUCAAUGGAGCUGGAUCGGGGUCCCGGAGAAUAUUCGCCGCCGUGGCUGCAGCUGAUCUCGAGGAAAGAGUCAGCGAAACGACGUCGUGCUCAAGCUCGUCUUCAAACUCCGGCUCACCGGCUCGGUCACAGUCCAUCAGUCUCUCUCCGGCGGUUAGUUUAAGUCCGAGAAGACCAUCACUCCCUAAAUCGCCUGAGUCUUCUGUUAUGCAGUCUCUACCUUCACAGCCACCCAGAGGUGAGCCUCAUUAUCCGAUGACGGCGUCUCGUUCCCCGUCUUCCUCGCCGCCGGUGAGAGCGCUCGAGAAUAUUCCGGAAUCAUCGCCGCGAAUUUCGGGCGUGUCACAGCAGAAUCUGCGGCCGCCUUCGUUGAGUCCAAUGUCGUCACCGGAGAGAGCUCUGGAGAUAUACCCGACUGUAUCGGGUCGAAACCCGGCCCGGUCUCCUUCAUUGUCGUCUCUUUCUUCGUCGCCGGAGAGAAAUUCGGAGAAGGAGGCAUCUCCGAAAGUUAUGGUCUUCUCGAAUCAAAGUUCUCCGAGUUCUUUGCCUCCGAAAGUUUCGGCGUCUUCAAGUUGCUAUUCUUCACCGGAUAGAGUACCAAAUGCUGCUUCUGAUGAAAAGGCCAAGUCUCCUUCUGUGUCACCCGAGAGAGGUUCCGAGGAGAGCCCGGUUGCUUCGCCGAGAACUUCAAACGCUUCUGAUCGAUCGUUUAUCCACUUGGAUCCAAAGAGGCAGUCUUUUUCAUCGUCUACAUCUUCGAUGUGUUCUUCGCCGGAAAGAGAGUGGGAUAACAAUCCAGAUGCAUCAGCGAAAGUCUCCAAUGUGUCUGAUCACAUUGAAGAGACUCCGACUAGACUUAACGGUGGUUUGAAGACGCCUCUCCCGAUACCACCGCCUCCUCCGCCGCCACUGCCUCCUUCGUGGGAGACUCCAAGUCCUAAAACACCAGCUGGCCAACCAGUCAGUAGACCUGCGGUCAUUGUACCUCCUUCGAGGCCUUUCGUGUUUCAGAACCAAGGAGGGGUGUCUGUUUCACCAGUGGAGCUGCCGCCGAGUUCUGCACCGUUGGAGACUAUUGAGGAGACUCCGAAACUCAAGUUAAAGCCGUUGCAUUGGGAUAAAGUUAGAGCUAGCUCUGACCGUGAAAUGGUGUGGGAUCAGCUAAGAUCAAGCUCUUUCAGAUUGAAUGAAGAAAUGAUAGAGACAUUGUUUGUAGUAAAUACACCCAAACCGAAUCCAAGGGAAACAACCCCACGCUCAGUUAUUCCCUCACCUAAGCAAGAGAACAGAGUACUUGAUCCUAAAAAGUCCCAGAAUAUUGCAAUCUUGCUUAGGGCACUCAAUGUGACCAUAGAAGAAGUUUGUGAAGCGCUCCUAGAAGGUAACGCAGAUGCUCUUGGAACUGAAUUGCUUGAAAGUCUGUUGAAGAUGGCUCCAACCAAAGAAGAAGAGCGUAAGCUGAAAGCGUUCAAAGAUGAUUCACCAGUUAAACUUGGCCCAGCAGAGAAAUUUCUGAAAGAGCUGCUUGAUGUUCCUUUUGCAUUUAAAAGGGUCGAGGCAAUGCUUUACAUGACAAAUUUUGAAUCUGAAAUUGAAUACCUUAAAAAGUCUUUUGAAACUCUGGAGGCUGCCUGUGAAGAAUUGAGAAAUAGUAGGAUGUUCUUGAAGCUUUUAGAGGCUGUCCUUAAGACUGGAAACAGAAUGAAUGUUGGGACAAAUCGUGGUGAUGCGCAUGCCUUUAAACUCGACACACUCCUCAAGCUUGCUGAUGUUAAGGGAGCAGAUGGGAAAACCACACUCUUGCAUUUUGUCGUACAAGAAAUCAUACGAACUGAGGGUGCUCGUCUCAUUGCUGGUCAAACUUCAUCAAACACAGCUUUAAACGAUGAUGCCAAGUGUAGGAAACUUGGCCUGCCAGUUGUUUCAGGUCUCAGUUCAGACCUCACUAAUGUGAAGAAAGCUGCUGCCAUGGACUCUGAUGUGCUUAGCGGUGAAGUUUUCAAGCUUUCUAGAGGAAUUAGCAACAUUGGGGAGGUUGUGCAAUUUGCUGAAACAACCGUUUCAGGUGGAAGCAGCGGGAAAUUCGCCGAGUCCAUGACCAUGUUUAUGAAAAUGGCCGAGGAGGAGCUUAUAAGACUUCAAGCUCAAGAAAGUGUUGCUUUGUCCUUGGUCAAGGAGAUCACCGAGUACUUCCACGGGAACUCUGCUAGAGAAGAAGCUCACCCAUUUCGAAUCUUCAUGGUAGUAAGAGACUUUCUAACAGUUCUUGAUCGGGUAUGUAAGGAAGUCGGUCUGAUAAAUGAGCGAACCAUUGUUAGUAAUACGCAAAAAUUUCCAGUUCCAGUAAACCCCAUGUUACAACAACACGUAUUUCCAGUAAACCCAAUGCUACCACAAGUUCUUCCUGUAAACCCAAUGCUGCCGCAAGUUCUUCCUGUAAAUCCAAUGCUGCCGCAAGUUCAUCCUGGAAUGCAUGGAAGGCCACUCUACGAUUCAUCCAAUGAUGAGAGGACGCCAUCAGUCCCAUCACCCUAGCCCCUGACUCAUUCCAGGAUGACAUUUUGGUUUUGAUUUAGCAAGGAAUGCCUGAAGAAGGUGGUUUCAACCGGCUGAAGCUUAGGAUUGUCCGGGCUUGGCAUCAUAUAUAUAGCUUCUAAUUUCUCCCCCAAAAUUUGUACUUGUAAAAAGUUCCUGUAAGCGAUUUUCCGUUCUAUAUAGAUUUUAUACAGAGGAAUUUUGUCUGGGAAGAAUAAGGUGUCCAGAAGCACAUGAAUGGAAGUAAAAAUCCACAGCUGUACAUAUAGUUUCUGUAAAGGAUCUGCAUUGUAUGAAAACUAAUGAAUCAUUCUCCACA